GUGGUGGUUGUGAGCGGUGCAGCUUUGGGGACUCGUUCCCCUUUUCGCAAUCAAGAUCUUUGACAUUAGCGCUCCCCAGCCGACAGCGUCCCGUCUCUCUUUAGGGUCGGGGUCUCAUUUCUCCCAAAAUGGCCUGCGAUCGAGAUUACGCCAAGGAGCAGCUGAAGCGCUGGCAAGAGCAGCGGGGCUCGCAGGAAGCCGAUUCCUUAACUACAGGAGCAGGAAUCCCAAUAGGAGACAAGCUGAAUGUCCUGACCGUUGGUCCAAGAGGCCCACUCCUGGUUCAGGAUGUGGUUUUCAGUGAUGAGAUGGCACACUUUGACCGGGAAAGGAUUCCUGAGAGAGUUGUCCAUGCCAAAGGAGCCGGAGCAUUUGGCUUUUUUGAAGUGACACAUGAUAUCACCACAUAUUGCAAGGCAAAAGUAUUUGAGCACAUAGGCAAAAGAACUCCAAUGGUUAUUCGAUUUUCAACUGUUGCUGGAGAAUCAGGCUCAGCUGAUACAGUUCGUGACCCUCGAGGCUUUGCAAUGAAGUUCUACACUGAAGAUGGAAAUUGGGAUCUUGUAGGGAACAACACUCCCAUUUUCUUCAUUAGAGAUGCAAUGCUGUUUCCAUCUUUUAUCCAUACUCAAAAGAGGAAUCCACAGACACAUCUGAAAGACCCAAACAUGGCAUGGGACUUCUGGAGUCUUUGCCCUGAAUCUUUGCACCAGGUAUCAUUCAUGUUCAGCGAUCGUGGCAUUCCAGAUGGGCACCGUCACAUGAAUGGCUAUGGGUCACAUACUUUUAAGCUAGUCAAUGCUUACGGCAAUGCAGUAUACUGCAAAUUUCAUGCAAAGACUGAUCAAGGAAUUAAAAACCUUUCUGUCAAAGAUGCAGAAAGACUGGCUUCUGAAGAUCCGGAUUAUGGCCUGCGUGAUCUUUACAAUGCAAUUGCUAAUGGAAACUUCCCCUCUUGGACUUUCUACAUUCAAGUUAUGACAUUUGAACAAGCUGAAUGGUUUCCAUUUAAUCCUUUUGAUGUAACAAAGGUUUGGCCUCACAAAGAUUAUCCUCUCAUUCCUGUGGGAAGAAUUAUAUUAAACCAAAAUCCUGUCAAUUAUUUUACUGAAGUGGAACAAUUGGCCUUUGAUCCAAGCAACAUGCCUCCAGGAAUUGAACCUAGCCCUGAUAAAAUGUUACAGGGUCGUCUUUUCUCGUAUCGAGAUACCCACGGACAUCGUCUGGGACCCAACUACCUUCAAAUUCCUGUAAAUUGUCCAUACCGAACUAGGGUGGCCAAUUACCAGAGAGAUGGAUUUAUGUGCAUUUCUGAUAACCAGGGUGGUGCUCCAAACUAUUACCCAAACAGCUUUACUGGCCCUGAGGAACAACCCGCUCUGAAGGAGAGCUGCGUAUUUAUCUCAGGCGAUGUACAACGUUUUAAUAGUUCAGUUGAGGAUAACGUCUCUCAAGUACGGGAUUUCUUUGUCAAAGUAUUGAAUGAGGAAGAGCGCAUGAGGCUUUGUGAGAACAUUGCCAACCAUCUUAAGAAUGCUCAGCUUUUCAUCCAGAGGAGAACUGUGAAAAACUUUACUGAUGUUCAUCCUGAUUAUGGUGCAGGCAUUCAAGCCUAUCUGGAUAAACACAAUGCUGAAGGAAAAAUAAAGGAUUAAGUUCAUACAUAAUACACAAACUUCAUUCACUGGAAAGGAGAAAUCUUAUCUGUAAAUGGCAUGAUCUAUCAUUAGCAGUCACAUUGCAACUGUUUAUCUGAAAUCCCUCAAUCUGGAAAAUGAGCUAUGAAAAGCUUUACAUGUAAUGGAAUUACCUGCUGUUAUUCUGUUAACUGCAGUACAUAACCAAGUGUGAUUCUGACUAUAAAAACAAUUUGAAUUCACCAUAUAGAUUGUUAAUGCUGAAUACAACCUGGCAAUACAUUUGAAAUACAUUAGAAUAAUAACUUUUGGUUUAUUUUUGUGUAUUAACAUGUUUUAUUAUUGUAAUCCUGCAUUUAUUUAGCAAAAGAAUAUACAUUGUUAUGAUUGAUACCUUUUAUUGGCAGUGCUGGCUUUUGUAUUGCAUAUAACAAAUCUUUUUCAAAUCUCCACGUAGUACAUUUAAAAACUAUUGUAACAUAUUUGAAGGAGAAUUAUGUUUAAAUGUGAAACUUACUUGUACUAUGAAAGCUUUAUAUAUAAUGGUAUUAUGUUCUUAUCUGUUAGCAGCAAUACAAAAGCAUUCCAAUUUGAAGAUCUUUUUUUAAAAAAAACUAUAGAUAAUUUAGGCUGAAUGUGUGUUGACAAUAAUUCUGAAAUGGCAUGGUUGAAAUAUUAGUGCAACAAUUGUGUUAUUUUUGCGUAAUACUCAAAACAUGAUUUCUAUUCAUGUAAAAAAUCUCCAUUUAUAAAAGUAAGACCACACCUGGAAUUUACUAUGACCAAUUUUGGUCACCAUACUACAAAAAAGAUGUUGAGAUUUGGAAAAAGUUCAGAGAAGUGCAACUAAGAUGAUCAAAGGCCUGGAGACUAAAACAUAUGAAGAACGGCUGCAGGAUUUGAGUUUGGUUAGUCUAAAGAAAAGAAGAAUUAGGGGUAACAUGAUAAGCAGUAUUCCAGUACAUGAGGGGCUGCCACAAAGAAGAGAGGGUCAAAUUAUUCUCCAAAGCACCGAUAGACAGGACAAAAAACAAUGGUUGGAAACUAAUCAAAGAGAGAAGCAACCUAGAAUUAAGGAGAAACUUCCUAACAGUGAAGACACUUAACCAGUGGAACAGCUUGCCUCCAAAAAUUGUGAGCGCUCCAUCACUCGAGGUUUUUAAGAAGAGUCUAGAGUCUAUUAUCUGAAAUAGUAUAGGUUCUUCUGCCUGAGCAGGUGCUGGACUAGAAGACUUCCAAGAUCCCUUCCAGUUCAUUCAUUUUUCAUUUAUUCACUGACAGAAUAUAUAUGCAUACACACACCCAUACAUGCUGUAUAUACAUACACACAUUUAUAUCUGUUGUUGGUAAUGCUGAUAUUUUUUUUAUUUAAUUAAUCAAAUUUAUAUAGCUACCCAUCUCACCAAAGAUGCUUUUGGAUGUCACACCAUAAAUGGGUAAAACCACAUUAUAAAAGCCACAGAUGCAAAAAUAUAUAAAUGGUAGAUAAUAUAAAAACAGGCAUACAAACCCUAGACAAAGAGAGAGUAAAAUAAAACUAGCUACCUCAGGAAUGGAGCAAUUUUAGCAAGUCUUUAAUUCCCUGAGAACCCCAGACCUGAUACUAUAAAAGGUUGCGAGAGCCUUGUGGAAUAUCAAAAGGAUGAAAGUAACAAUUUUGCAGUAAAGAAUAUUCCAUAAAAUGAAGGAAACGCCCCUCCCCCCAUGCUGAUGGUACCUGUAGCAUGCCUACUCUGGCAAAAUGGGAAAGACUAGGGAAAGGCAUUGUCUGAAUAGCCCAGUUACAUGCCAUGAAGGGCUUUAUAGGUCAAAAACAGCAUCUGCAGUUGAAUUGGACUGGAAGCAAUCUGACAACCAAUGCAACUCACAGAGCAAAGAUAUAACAUGCACUAUUCUAAGAGCACACAUAACUGCUCACACCACUAUUUUUUGUACAAGCUGAAACUUUUGAUAUUCUUCAAGAGCAGCCCCAUAUAGAAUUCAUUGCAGUAAUCCAAUCUAUAGGUGAGUUGAGCAUAAGUGACUAACUGUGACAAGUGUCUGCUGAUCCAGGAACAGGUGCAAUUGGCACACAACACAAAGCUGUGCAAAGUUUCUCCCAGCCAAGACUGCCACCUGCUCAUUGAGGAAGAGUUGUGAGUCUAGGAGGACCUCCAAGUUAUGUACUGGGUCUUUCUUUGGACAGUUAAUCCCAUCCAGCACUAAAGAUGGCAUUGUCCUGGAAACCAUUGGGCCCCAAAAUCCAGAGCCAUUGAGAGUCAAAAUCAGCCACUCAGACAUUUUAGUAGUGUAACAAGUAAAUGAAAUAAUAUUAUAUAAUUACUACAAUUAGAGCAAUUUUAAAUAAAGAUACACUGUGUAUGAAUCUGUGAAUGAAAACCUCCAUUCAUACUGUACACUUAAGAAUGAUUAAACAAUGGAUUAUGCUAAUUGCAAAUUCUCCUUGUUCUUGGGUUUCUUUUGUUGGUUCAAGAUGGAUGACAACAGCAGACUUUUGAAACAAUAAAACUGGAAUGUUUUUACAAUGCUUAUUCUACAAUAAAAUUCUCAUAAAUGUC